AAUUCCAUCUCUCUCCCUCUCUCUCUCUCUCUCCUCUUAGUCUCUGCCACCUUUCUUCCUUUCUUCCUUCCUUCUCCAUCGUCGUCGAACGAGAUGAACUUUUGGGACAAGGCAGUGAGGUUCGUGUACGGCUUCUGUUGGCAUCCGACCGUCUUCGGCGACACCGACUCCCGCGACGGGGACGCCGGCUCGGUCGGCCCGCACGGCGUCUCCGCCGCGGCCGUCGGCGUCUCGGCUCUCGCCCAGGACACCGACUGUCUCGGCCCUCACGGCGUCUCCGCCGCGACCGUCGGCGUCUCGGCUCUCGCCCAGGACCUGUUCAACUUCGAGAUCACCUCCCAGGUUCCUGAAGGGCUAAGCAACCAUGUGGUUUCUAAAACGAAAGCUCAAGCUAGUUGUUAUAAAAAGCUACUAGUGGCAUGGAAAGCAUCAAACCCACCUCCAAAAACACCUGAAGAAGCAUCAAGGCUUGUUCUCCAAACCCUCAAGAAUCACCUGAAGGCUGAUGUUGAGGGUUUGUUGAAAUUCUAUGGCCUACCUCUUGCUCCCAUCCCGGUCGUGACCACGGUCGAAGUUCCAGUGGAAUUGCCUCAAGGAGAGGAGUUUGAGCUUCAGACACUUCCAGUACCUUCCUCAACACUCCAUAAUUUCUUUGUGGAGGCAAGAUGUGUGACGGAUGGGGACGGCAUCACUGUGUACGUUAGCACUUCUGAUCCGAGGGAAUCGCGCUUGGUCCCACAAGAAGUCCUGGUCACAGCCCUCAAAAGAUCAGAAGCCCGUGCUCAGGGGGAAAAAACUCGUGCAAAAGAACUGCACAAAACUAUGAUUGCGGCUGGAUAUCAGGUGAUAAAUGUUAAGAAUGAGGAAGUCCUUGCUCGGAAGUACCGAAUUCGGCUCAGGGGGAUAGAUGCUCCAGAGGGUGACAUGCCAUAUGGCAAAGAGGCUAAGGAGGAGCUCGCAAAGAUUGUUAAAGGAAAGUGUUUGAGAGUUCUUGUGUAUGGGGAAGAUCAAUAUGGGCGGAGCUUAGGAGAUAUAUACUGCAACGGCAACUUUGUACAGGAGUUGAUGCUCAAGAAAGGGAUGGCGUGGCAUUACAAAGCCUACGACCAACGUGCAGAGCUUGCAAAGUGCGAGAAGAAUGCACGGGCAAAGCGCGUAGGUUUGUGGGCUUUGACAAACCCUGAGGAGCCAUGGGAAUGGCGGCGGAAGAAUAAAUGAGAGGGGAGAUGACUCCACUCGAAUCUGGUUCAGCCUCUUGCCGACUGAUUUUAGAGAAGGAAGUGCUUUAUCUUCUGUUGUAUGUAUGCUAAUCUAGUUCCAAAGCUCGAACGGCCUUAGCCAAAUCGAUCACAUAAAGAUCAGUGAAGGAUCGAACGCGCGAGAUUCCGUUUGUUCCAUGGGUUGUGAAGGUGUGGCUUUGAUUAAACACUAUUAUUGGUGCGUUUGUAUGCGGGAGAGUGUUUUCCAGGAAUUGAUUUUAUGGACUUUCAUCCGUUUGGUUUGCAGAAAA